UAAAAAAAACCUUCUGCAUGCACGACACGUAUUGAAAUCGCGGUGAUUUUAUGCGAUGAUUGUCUCUCGUAGUCUAUGUCAAGUGUCAGCUAGUAUAAAUUUGGGUUAUAGAAGCUGCCUGACGCCGACAUCGUUUCUUAAAAACCGUGUAUUUUGCACAAAACCGCGUGUUUAUACAACUUCUCUUGACAAAUAAAAAAUUAGGUCGCCAAAUCACGUGAUUUCCCUGAAAAUGGCCUCCAAACAUUCGGCUGCUAGCAAAAUGCCAAUAUUUAUUGGCCCUGAAGAAUGUGAAAAGUAUCUCGAUUUGCAAGAAUUAUAUCGAACUUUAGAAGGUGCCUUUGGUAGUUACUCCCGAGGAACGACUGGUGGUAUCAUUCAACCUGUCAGGACAGUUUUGCCAGUCGAAAAAUACGAAGGGUUUUAUGGAGUAAUGCCAGUAUUUAGUGAAAAGGAUAAUGCUUUGGGGACUAAACUUGUUUCAUUCUACUCAAAGAACACAGACAUUGCAACUCAUCAAGCUGUUAUUGUCCUCAAUAAUGCAUCAGAUGGAAGUGUUAAGGCUAUUUUGGAUGGUGGUGUGAUAACUGACAUAAGAACUGCAAUGUCUUCAGCUGUGGCUACUAAAGUCUUGAAGAAAUCUUCAUCUCCAAUGACGUUGGCUAUCCUUGGAGCUGGGGCGCAGGCUAUAAGUCAUCAUAAGGUUUUCAGUAAACUUUUUGACUUAUCAGAGGUUCGUAUUUGGAGCCGAACAUUUUCUAAAGUUGAGCAGCUGUCAGCCCAGCUUGGAGCUAAGCCAUGCAGAUCAGCAGAAGAAGCUGUGAAGGAUGCCGACGUCAUUGUCACAGCAACAAUGUCAAAAACACCUAUCCUGAUGGCUGAGUGGGUAAAAUCUGGUGCUCAUAUCAACAGCGUUGGUGCUUGCCGGCCAGACUGGCACGAGGUGGACCCUAUUCUAAUGAGAAAGGCUUCAGUGUUCUGCGAUAGUAGGGAAGCAGCAGCGAAAGAAUCGGGGGAUAUUAUACUGGCUGAGGCGGAUAUCUAUGCCGAAAUUGGAGAAAUAUUGAAUGGUACAAUUUCGCAUGUUGGCCCAGAUAAGACAACAGUCUUCAAGUCGUUAGGAAUGGCGAUAGAAGAUAUAGUGUCUGCCAAGCUCGUCUAUGACAACUACAUCAAAGAAAAUGCAUGAAGUGUUUCUUUUUUGCAAAAUAACAAUUCAUUGAAAAAACUCAUAUGUCAAAUUCAAAUGCUCCUGCAAGAGCUUGAUGUAUAUGUAGAACAUAUUACUUCAACCUAAUGUACCCAUCUAAGGGAAAAGGGGGUCAAGAAUUUGGGCAGUUUACUGGAAUGUUAAGAAUAUUGUAAGUAUCUUUGACGAGAGAUUAUACUGAAUC